CUUUGGUGCGAGACAUGAAAGCACAUGGUACACGUUCUGCACAAUGUUAUUUCCCCUCAGACUCUUCCAGAGCAUUGUUCCUCUCUUGACCUAUUUCCUAUUACUGGAACACGCGCCCUUUGUUUGCUUUUUGGGCAAAAUAAGAAAUUCUUUGUGGAGCAGUCAUGGCUCACACAAAACAGUGUGUCGGCGCUACAGAAAAGCUUGUCGUGAAAUAUACGCAUCUCAGAGCAAUCAUCGAAUGACCCGACCCGCUCUGCGUACCGUGUCUCACAAACUGACGUGUAGAUGAAACAGGCGACUGGAUAUUCUAGGCCACAUACAAGAUCUCGGCAAUCUCAGAAGAUGGGAGACACAUCCCAGUGAUAUAAGCAAGACUGAGUCAAUCACCUGCACACUCAAAGAAUUCGUUGGAUGGUGUUGGUGAUGAAAG